CUGUCGAGGUAAUUGUCAAACCUGGCACCCUCACCGUCAUGCCCAACGAGCGCUUCACUUACGAAUGCAUCUCCCCUCUACCGAGUUUGACGCCACAGGUUACAUUCGAUGGGUUUCCAGUGGAUCAAGUCCCGGAAUUUGUUGUUAGCCGACCUUCAGCGGAUCGUGUCAUUGUUACCGCCGAGCGUGGUCUACCAAGAGCUGGUUUCCAUAUCUUCUCUUGCUCAGUAGUUACAGGAACACGAAAAGAGGUUCCUGUCACUGUUGGAACUACAUGUCGCUCGGACCAGUUCACUUGCAGGGAUGGCACUUGUAUUUCCAUUCAGUCUAUCUGCAAUGGUGUGCGAGAUUGUCCAGACGGCUCAGACGAACUACCACCUCAAUGUCCGGAGCCAAUCGUUCCGGUACGAAUUCAUUUUACUCCCCGAGAGAUACGUGUUCAGCCAGGUCGUCCGAUUCGCCUUGAGUGUCACACGGAUACACUCGAGGCAGUACCAGAUGUGCGCUUCGUCGACGGCCGGCCUAUCUCAAUGGACAGAAGGUUCGUGGUCACGCGACCCCAGGCGAAUAGGAUUAUCAUCGAGAUACCUCGAGGGUUGGACAUGGCAACUCGAGAAAUUCGGCUAGAGUGCCAUCUACCUGGUGGCGAUUCAAAAACAGCAACUAUUUACGUGGACCAGAGCUGUCUACCCGGCCAAAGGCGGUGCCCUGGCGGAGACUGCAUCUAUGUCGGCCAGUUCUGCGACGGCAGGUCUGACUGCCCGGACGGUUUCGACGAAAGACCCGAGAACUGUCGCGCCUGCGAUCCCAUUGCCAAGCCAUGCGAAUCAGUUAAUGGUAUCCCCCCAACAGUGACUCAUUUUCAACAGCAUUGGGGCUGUGAUGGAGAGGACGACUGUGGAAACGGUUAUGACGAACUCGAUUGCCGUAAUGACACGCGCAAUUUGGAUCCUCGGUGCGGAUCGACUCAUUUCCAAUGCUCCUCAGGAAGUCGGCAACGCAUCCCAUUCGCUUAUUGGUGCGACGGUACACCGGACUGUGCAGGCGGCGAAGAUGAACAGGAAUGCUCGAGACCAGCGAUCAUUGAAGUGGGUCGUCCAGAGCCGUACAAAGUGAGUUCCGGCUCCACUUUAAGUUUGGAGUGUGAAGCUUCCGGCUAUCCUCCUCCUAUGAUCAUUUGGCGAUUCAACUGGGGCUGCCUACCCGACGCCUCACGCUCGCGUACCGAAGUGAUCCCUAGUGGGGCUGGCUGUCGAGGAUCGCGCAGUCGAUUAACUGUUAACAACUUCAGGGCUGGAGACGAUGGCAUAUACAAUUGCGAAGCCCUCUUGUCAGGCUAUCGAGCAAUGUCACACGAUUAUCUCGUCUUACUGAAUGACUGAUCGGGCGAUGUGCCAUCCCAGCAAAUGCAGCCAGUGCAAAUGGACCUUGAUCUCAUGAACUAGCUGUAUGCUGUUAUCAGUUUCUUACAGAUAUUGCCCUGACUCAAGACCCAUAUUCAUCUCUGGACAAUAUCCCCUUGCUAGUAUUUCUGCUUCUGCUACUGUCAAAGAUAAAUUAAUUUAUAUUUUGUUCAACGCGUUCACUUUGCAAACAUUAUUGAUGCUCUUGGGUGUACUUCAAGUCUCCAUUUCGGGAUGAAGAAUAAAUUGUUUGAUGAAAA